UCUCGCAAUGGCGCAGCGGCUGUGUCCGAGUCGACCUACGGUGCUUGAUGUCGAUGGCGUGCCCGUCGCCAUUCUCCAGUACACGUCGGAAGCCAAUGAUGUUGUCUCGUUUGUACGCGCGCUGCCGCUAGCCAUGCGCACGCCAGCGCUGACCGUGCUCCUCGAGUUGUUGGCAAUGUCGCGUGGCGCCAAGCACUGGCCUACACCACGACUCUACAGCGCUACCUACGACGAGAUCGACUGCAUCGGCGCCGCCAUCUCGCUUUUCAACUCUGCUUGCAUCAACGGUUUCUGCUUGAGCAAACACUGGCCAGCAAGUGGCGACCCUGCCUUCCGGCUGCCCUUCUGCGGCUUUGUUGCGAUGUGGGCCGCCAAGAUGACGUCCGUCGACAUGAGUGACCUCAAAUACCCCACCUAUCGUGACGAGUUUUGCCGCAUGCUGGCCCGUUGUACGAGCCUCAAGCGCGCGUGCAUUCCGACCGAGGUCGAUCUUCUCGAGGCCGUGACAUCGUCCGCGCACAGCGUGGCAGAGCUCUCUCUCGCCCCGCCCGACAAUUCGGAGAAUUUUCCACCGCGCGCCGUCGCGGCGUUGCAGCGCUGGCUAGCGUCUGGCCAUGUGCGCCGCUUGAAACUUGCUAAAUUCAGCGGCCCGACUGACGCUGGUUUGGCGCGGGCGCUUGCGACAUCACCGACAUUAGCAAGCUUGUGUUUGAGCGAAUGCAACGUGGUUCUCGACUCGAUCAUCGCCCACGGCGGCGUGUUGACGUCUAUUACGGAGCUGGAUCUGACGACAAAUACGGGGAACCUCGUGCCACGUCUUCUGCCGCUGCUUCCUUUGUCCAAGCUAAGAUCCCUCUCUCUCCAGUGCCUUGACCGCAUGGACCUUGGAAACUGCCUCAUCCCUGCACUACCGCACUUGUCGGCGCUUGAGAACCUCGCCCUCGAUAUGGUGAAACUCGGAGACGCCGACGUGCAAUUGAGCUCCGUACCGUCGGCACUUCGCACCCUCAAGUUGGACUACGUCGACGUGUCAGCAUCGAGUCUGAUCGCACUUCUCGACUGGGCCUCGCGCUCAACGCAUCUCGAGUCCGUCGCCGCGAUGCGCAGCGGGUGUUUUGGCGCCAACCAUGACAGCGCGGUUGACACGCUCACACGAUGUGUCCAAGCCGGUGCACGCCGUGUACAAUUCGUCAACUGCGACAUCGACACGCGCGGCGCAUCGGCGUUGGCCAAGGCGCUACGCAAGACACACGCGAGCGUGCCUCUCGAGCUAGAUCUCACAAAGAACCCGUUUCGCCUCGGUGCCACGCAAGCGCUCUUGAAGGCCCUUGCGACGUGCACCAACGUGUCAAUUCAGCUACCGAGCGCGUGCCACUCGUUCGUAGACGGGGAUCAGUCGUACGUCGCGAAAGCCAAGGCCGGCGGCGUCACCAUCGAGCUUCGCGGGUGGGAGGUGUUCAUCUGCAGCCGCACCGAAGCCACACGUGCCUAAUUUCGAGGUCAUUUUCCCAUCUCCAAUAUACACAUACCUGUAUCUCGG